CCCACGAAACACAGGAGACCUUUAAGACUCCAAAUCGUCACCUCUACAAUGCGGAAGUUGGCACAUCUCAUCCGAUGACACCAUCAUUACUGUCUCCAGCCGGUACUCCGUCGUUCAUGAUAACUCCAGGCCGCAAAUUUUGCAACCCGUUUGAAAUUGAACAUGACAAGAUGCACAUGCCUCUGUUCAGUCCUAGCUUGUUUAGAGUGGCCGAGCCAGCGAGUAAGGAAGUGAAGACAGAGACAGAGACAUUCUGGUCAGUGGAACAUUCUGCCCUGAUGAUGCCUGUGGAGAUCAAAGACGCUGAAAUCCGAUUCCAGCAUCGAUACCAGCAGAGAAUUGACCGAGAGCAAGAUGCCAGAGUGCAGACGGCUAUUAAUAGAUUCUUCUCUAGUGAGCAUAUUGUGCCUUCGCCGUGGAGUGAAAGGGUUGAACAUUUUCUGCCUCGGACUCCAGGAGCGGCCAAAUCAGUAUCUAGCCAAACAACUUUUUCAGUUCCCCCUGAUGUUGAUUUAUUUGCUCACUUGGAAGGUAGAUAUCAACUUCCAGAUUACAAGACAGAUCCUUCGCCCACUGGCGAUUCUUUUGGGACCUCCUUUAUACGAAGGAAACUGCUGACCCAGUUGAAUGGCAGCGACGGUGAAUUGUUUGGGUCGCCUUUAUUACCUGCCAGAACACCUGGUCAAAUGUUGGAGUCUCCAUCUCCAAUCAAACAGACGACACCUGAGUGGGAGAAAGGCACACCCAAUAAAGUCGGCUCUAGUCAUUUCUCAUCUAGUCCAAUCUGUCCAGCAACCAAUGAGAUAGGACAUUACAAUGACCUUGACCUGCUAGCUUCACCAGAAUUGUCUCCAGUUGCUGGCCGUGCAACAAAGUCACUCAGAUCAUCAGGAGUUUUCAGCUCAAACCACAGUGAUGGCAGUCCUCGAGCCGUAAUGCAGCUGGAUUUUUCUUCCAUACUUGAUGAGCCAGAGGGACAAGAUAAAACAGGAACAUUGCUGACAGAUGUGUUGGUCCAGCAAGAAAUGAAUUCAGCCAGCAGAACUGAAGCCCCUUCUACAUCGACCGAGCGCUACUUUCUCACAUCAAAUAUGUCUCAAGAAAGUGAUGACAAUUCAGACAACAACAAAAUCAGCUCGGAUCAUUUUCAGCCAUCAGUGCUGAUGUCUGCAUGCUCUACAGAAUCCAGUGAUACAGCUGUUGUCAUGAGACAGUCACAAUCCAGCCAAGAUACUGGCUACCAGACUACCAGUUUGCAGAUGACAAAUCACGAAUCAACAUCCUCACAAGAGGCUCAACCUGCAGCUUCUUCUUUCAGUGCAGAGCUGCGUCAGUUUCCAGUUACAUUUGGUUCAGAUGUGUUUUCUAACAUUAAGCAGGCACAUGUUUUUCAUACGAACAAAGCGGACAGUGCAGCUGGGUUCAUUUACAGGCCUAACAGGAGCCUGCAGGCAGACGGUAGUCUCCUUGAACUUGCCUUUGAAUCCUCAAAGGAAAAGUCUUCGUCUGCUGAUGAUGUAGCUUUCUGCAGGAAAACAGACAAUACGUGCCGUGUUAGAAAAGUACGAACACUUGCUGACAUGCGCCAUCUCAAAGAGAAAAGCAGUGUCAGCAGGGAUUUAAUCCAGUCGUUUAAUGAGGAACAAGAAAGAACUCAAGACUCAAAUUUUGCAACAAACAGCUCCUGGCCAGAACUGAAUUCAUCCAGUUUUGUUCCUGUAGCUUGCAGGAUUAUCGGGCAAUAUGAUCCUACCUCUACAUUUUCAGAAGUGCCGCAUGUUCAUCAAGACUUUCACACUUUAUUGCCGAAAGGAUCUGAUGAAAAUGAUAAUGCUCAUGAUGCUCCAAGUGUAAGCAAUAUUAGCAUCCAAAGUGCAGUCUCGUUUUUUAAUUCGUCUGUAGAGAACAAGGUCGGGAGUUCAACUAAUGAUGUGAAUAUGUCAGAAGAAGUCAGUGUUUUAUUAGAGCCUACGAGAAGCCGGCAGCCAGCACAAUUUUUAUUUGGCAAUGACAGGACUUUGCAGGAAGCCAGAAUGUUGUUGAGCAGAUCUGAGGAGUUCCGAAAGAAAAUCGAGCCUCAAGCAUUGGAGUCUGAUUCCCUGUAUCCGGUUAUAUCUGGUCGUGUUGAUCAUGAACAUCCUUUUGCUGCACAGAGCUUCAGUCCUCUGACAGAGGUGACCCCAAAGUCUGAAGCUCAGCCAUAUAGACUUGAGUCUGCAGAUUUUUCAGAUAUGGUACUGCUGGUCGGUGAUCAGAAAAGAAGUGGUCCUUUAGCAGGAUCCAGACUUGGAAGUGAAAUAGCAGCAGAAAUCUUAAAGCGAGCUGGUGACGAUUUGGCUGAGUUAGCCCAGAUGCUCGAAAGUGACGAGAAAUGA